AUGCGACAAAGUUUAAGCAAAGGCGACAUCACUUACACCACCGCCGCCAGUAGCAGCAGCAGCGCGGAUGAUAAGUAUAUUCUUAAACCUAUUCCGUCUGGUCACGGUCGCGUGACUAAACUUGCGAUAGCGUUAUCACUUUUGACGGUUGCCUCGCUCAUCGUUCGGGAAUCGUGGAACUUUCAAGAGGUCACGCGCAAUAGCGUUGGCAAGUUUGGGAGUGGGAGUUUCAAAGAAGGACAGGAAUAUUUCCGUCUACUGGACACCGAUCACAUGGAUAAUUACAUCGAGGACGGGGAAGAUGCUCUGAGAGAAACAGCAGAGCGAGUGAAAGACGCGUGCGAAUACACGCACGAGCAGUAUGAGAAAGAGCCGAAACCGGUGGCGAAAACGAAAGCGUUAGUUACCGGCGGUGCCGGCUUCAUUGGUUCCCGCUUAGUGAAAGAGUUACUUCGCGUCGGCUAUGAUGUCGUGGUCUUGGACAACAUGUCGACGGGCAAAGAAAGCUUCCUCGCUAAAAAGGCUACGCUCGUUCGCGGUGAUUGUCGCGAUUACGAAACAGUUUUUAAAACCAUUGAAGAGCACGAACCUUUCGUUGUCUUCCAUCUGGCUGCGCAAUCAAAAGUGUUGCCUUCAUUGAAGAAAGGCGUGGAUUUCGUUCAGUUUUCGAUAGAGCAGAACGUCCUUGCCACGGAGAAUGUUCUGAAAGCAAUCGUACAAACGCGGCACGCGUCGUCUGAUAGUGGCGAUGGAUCCGCGAACGCGAAAUACGUCGACCGAAAAAAUCAACCUUCGGGGCUGCACCAUCCUCAACAUCACAAGGCGCGAAAAAGUUUCAAAGGCGUUCAGAAAUUCGUUUACGCCGGGUCUUCGACGUUUUAUGGGAACAACUUGAGGAAUCUUCCUUUCCAGGAGAAUUCUAAAUACAAUGUUUUGCAGCACAAAACCGCGUCAACCUCUCCAUACGCUACAACAAAAGCCAUGGGAGAAACGAUCGUGAAGCUGUAUUCGGAGAGCUAUCACGUUCCGACGAUAAUCUUGCGUUUGUUUAUGGUGUUUGGUCCAAACGAACCGAGCGAAGGUUUGGACGGCGUUGUGACUGGAAAGUUUUUAAAGCAGUUCAAAGCGAAUGAAGAUUUAAAGAUCGAGGGUAGUGGGAAUCAUUUUAGAGACUUUGUACACGUAGAUGACGUUGCGCGAGCUUUUGUAUUAGCCGCGCAGUCUUCGAUAGAACAAAACGGACACGUGUUCAACGUUGGGAGCGGGAAAUUAAAGACGAUAAACGAAAUAGCGGAAUUAGUACAACCAGAUGAGAAGAAAAGAACUCAUGUUGCCAAAAGGAAGAACGAUUUGAUAGGCACAUUAGCUUCAACGUGCGAAGCGAAAAAGCAAUUAGGAUUCGUGGCGAAAUUAGACAUAGAAGAUUGGGUACUUUCGCAGAAAGUGUAA